UGGUGAGUGUAGGGCAAGGAAGCCGAGUCGGUGGGCGCGGCGGUCCGGUUCACGAACAUUUCAGAACGCAAAUGCACGGGCUCGGGAACUUGACUUGCAGCUGGCUAAGUGGGCUGCACGCGGACCGCAGCCGGCGGGGAGGGUGACGGCAGGAGGCGGGAGCUGGCCGGGGCUCCGGGGCUCCUGGGCGCGGCCGGCCGGGAAUUUGGAGAGGAUCCCUAGUCCUCGGCGGCGGCGGGCGCGCGCGGUGCGCGUGUGAGCGAGGGCGAGCGGCGGGCGGGCUCGUGCGCCGGGUAUUGGCAGGCGGCGGCGGAGGCUGGGCGGUUCCGACUCCCUGACGCCAGCGCGACCAGAUCAAUCCAGGCUCCGGGAGCGAGCGGGCGGAGGACGGCGAGGCCGAGCGGUCCGGGCGCGGGGACGGCGGCCCCGGGGCGGAGCGGAGCGGAGCGCGGAGCAGCGGCCCAGGGCCGGGACCCGGCGGCCGGUCUCGGGCGUCCCAGCCGAUGGGCGCGCCGCCGAGCCGGUGCUGACUUUGGGUCCCUCUUCAGAACACGAGGAGUGCUAUUUUCUACUUUUCGGGACCUCAGACCAAGGAGUUAAAAAGAAUCUAUGUGAAUAAACUGUCCUGUCCAGUGCUGUCCUUGUCCAUCUGAGAACUUGGUUAUUUCACCAUAUCUGAGGCGUGUCCAGAGCAGUCACUAUGAAUGUGACGAGUUUAUUUUCAUUCACAAGUCCAGCUGUAAAGAGACUUCUGGGGUGGAAACAGGGUGAUGAAGAAGAGAAAUGGGCAGAGAAAGCUGUGGAUGCUUUGGUGAAAAAACUGAAGAAAAAGAAAGGGGCCAUGGAAGAGCUGGAAAAGGCCCUGAGCUGUCCAGGACAGCCUAGCAACUGUGUCACCAUCCCCCGCUCCCUGGACGGCAGACUGCAGGUUUCCCACCGGAAGGGAUUGCCUCACGUCAUCUACUGCCGUGUGUGGCGUUGGCCUGACCUCCAGAGCCACCAUGAACUGAAACCACUGGAAUGCUGUGAGUUUCCUUUCGGUUCAAAACAGAAGGAGGUCUGCAUCAAUCCCUACCACUAUAAGCGAGUGGAAAGCCCUGUUCUUCCUCCAGUGCUGGUUCCAAGACACAGCGAGUACAAUCCUCAGCACAGCCUCCUGGCUCAGUUCCGCAACCUGGGCCAAAACGAACCUCACAUGCCACUGAAUGCCACGUUUCCAGAUUCCUUCCAGCAGUCGAACAGCCACCCGUUUCCCCACUCUCCCAACAGCAGCUACCCCAACUCUCCCGGCAGCAGCAGUAGCACCUACCCUCACUCCCCCACCAGCUCAGACCCGGGCAGCCCUUUCCAGAUGCCAGCUGAUACACCUCCACCUGCUUACCUGCCUCCUGAAGACCCCAUGGCACAGGAUGGCUCUCAGCCGAUGGACACAAACAUGAUGGCACCCUCCCUGCCCUCAGAACUCAACAGAGGAGAUGUUCAAGCAGUUGCAUAUGAGGAACCAAAACACUGGUGCUCUAUUGUCUACUAUGAGCUCAACAACCGUGUGGGUGAGGCGUUCCAUGCCUCCUCCACAAGUGUGCUGGUGGAUGGUUUCACUGAUCCUUCCAACAACAAGAACCGCUUCUGCCUUGGGCUGCUCUCCAACGUUAACCGGAAUUCUACUAUUGAGAACACCAGACGGCAUAUUGGAAAAGGAGUUCACCUUUAUUACGUUGGAGGAGAGGUGUAUGCUGAAUGCCUGAGUGACAGCAGCAUCUUUGUGCAGAGUCGGAACUGCAAUUACCACCAUGGAUUUCAUCCCACAACCGUCUGCAAGAUCCCCAGUGGGUGCAGCUUGAAAAUUUUCAACAACCAAGAAUUUGCUCAGUUACUGGCACAAUCUGUGAAUCAUGGUUUCGAGACGGUCUAUGAGCUCACCAAAAUGUGUACCAUACGCAUGAGCUUUGUGAAGGGCUGGGGAGCUGAAUACCAUCGGCAGGAUGUCACUAGCACCCCUUGCUGGAUUGAGAUACACCUGCAUGGCCCUCUCCAGUGGCUGGAUAAAGUUCUUACCCAGAUGGGUUCGCCUCACAAUCCUAUUUCAUCAGUGUCUUAAACAGCCUCGGGGUCUGUCUCUUGCAAACUAUUGAGCCUUGCAUGUACUUGAAGGAUGGAUGUGUCAGACAGGAUGAAGAACUGACAAAGGAGCCUUGAUAAUACUUGACCUCUGUGACCAACUGUUGGAUUGAGAAAUUGCAAAACCUUGGUAACAUACUGUUGAUAUCAAGAACCUGUUUAGUUUACAUGUGACAUUCUAUUGUAAAAUCAACUAGAAUGCAGACUUUUAGCAGGAUUCUGUGUAUAGUUAAAAAAGAGAUGGCCAAGCCAGGGACAAAU